AUGCCAUAUCAGCGUUUCCCUCGCGUUGAAAUCCUUUCUAUACAACCUCAAGAAAUCAAAUUUAUCUUGUCGGAAAGCGACACGAGCGUUGCCAAUACACUCCGUCGAAUUAUGAUCGCCGAAGUCCCGACGCUUGCAAUUGAUUUGGUAGAAUUUCACGAAAAUUCCACCGUCUUGAACGAUGAGUACAUUGCCCAUCGUAUGGGUCUGAUACCUGUCCGCUAUCAGCCUGCGGAAAGCCUAAAGGGCAGCGACUGUUCGGACGCCUUUUUGCCUCACCGUGAAUGCGUAUGCUAUGAACACUGCAUGAGAUGCUCAGUCGAAUUUGAGUUGGAUAUCACGUACAAAGUGACGGGGGAAGAAGACGUCUUGGCACCACUGACGGUCACUAGUAAAGAUCUCGUGUCCAAUAACGAACUCGUUCAGCCGGCUCAUUUUUUGUCACAAGACGAGCAAGACGAAGCCCAGGACGAAGGCGUCGCGAUCGUCAAAUUGGGACCAGGGCAGCGCUUGAAAUUAAAAGCAAUCGCCCGUAUGGGAAUAUCUAAAGAGCAUGCCAAGUGGUGUCCGGUUGCGGUGGCAACAUACCGCUUCUGGCCCGAGAUUCACAUUAAUGACGAGCAAAUGGCAACACUCACUCUUGAACAAAAGCAAGAGCUUGUGGACACAUGUCCGGAUCGUAUUUUGGAGCUUGAUGAAGUGACUGGGGACAUUCGAGCUGUAGACAAUGCCUGGGAUAUUUGCACAUACACGGAAGAUCUUAAGUUUGCGCAGGCAGCUAUGAAGAAAAGGCCAGAAGAUGACGAUUUUGUAACGGUGACCCAGUCGAAGGAUAGGUUUAUCUUCAAUGUAGAGACAACUGGCGCUAUGGACGCUGACGAAAUUCUUUUAUCGGCAAUUCGAGUACUGCGGAACCGAUUGAACUACUUAGCCCAAGAACUCGAGAAUUUAAAAGACAUGUAA